AUGGCUGGGCUCGAUGAAGGACUGAUGGAUGUGGCUGCUGGUUCGUCUUCUUCGGAUCUUCUUGGUGAUGUUCCUGACGAAGAUGUUAAUCUGUUAUUAGGUGAGCUGUCCAUCUCUGAACGUCAGGAGCAACCAAAACUAGAGGAACGGACCAUCAAGUUUCCUUUGUUGGCCUUGGAUCUUGUAAAAACUUUGGAGACUGCUGAUCUAAGGACUUGGAAACGCCUAGUGGAAUUGUGUAGUGUCGUGAAAAUUUUAUUUUUAACUCAUUAUGAUACAUCUUUAGUGGAUUUGGGGCCAAGUGAACAAGUGGAGAGAAUUCCUUGUGUUCCUGCCGUUAUUGAUGAGAUGGCUGGUGUUCCGAAAAAUCAACCCGGGGCAAUCGCUGGUCUUGUGCUGGUCUAUGUCCGGCUGGUCCGUGGUCUGUGGGGAUGGAUUGAUGUCAUCUACCAACCUAUGGAAUCGAGUUUAUUUGGAUCUGAAGCUUGA